AUUGAGAAUGACUUUGACAUGCCUUUAUAAGCCUUCACAAUGCCUCCUGGAAUUUACCCUUUCUGUUAUUUUUGGUGAUUCAACAUGGCAGUAAUGGCAAAGAUUGUUGUUUUGAUUCUCAUUGCUAGUUUCAGUAAUGUCUUUUGUUUCCCAAAGAGGGAAGCUGCCCAUGAGGUUGAUGUUUCAACAACACCGUCCCCCAACAAUCAGACACAAACUGAAGCUGUGGAUGGUGCAAGUGAAGAUGUGGAAGCAGGCACUCCAGCACCUAAUCUCCACAAUCAGACCACUACUGCACAGCCUGAUGUUACUGAUGGACCAAGUGAAGAUGAUGUGGUAACUGCAACUCCAAAUCCCCAAAACCAGACAACACCUGUUGCCCAGACUGAAAAUGCUGAAACCCAUGGGCCAAGUGAAGAUGGUGUGGUAGCUACAACCCCACGUCCCCAAAACCAGACAACACCUGCUGCUCAGACUGAAAAUGCUGAAACCGAUGGGCCCAGUGAGGAUGGUGUGGUAGCUACAACCCCAAGUCCCCAAAACCAGACAACACCUGCUGCUCAGACUGAAAAUGCUGAAACUGAUGGGCCAAGUGAAGAUGGUGUGGUAGCUACAACCCCAAGUCCCCAAAACCAGACAACACCUGCUGCUCAGACUGAAAAUGCUGAAACCGAUGGGCCCAGUGAGGAUGGUGUGGUAGCUACAACCCCAAGUCCCCAAAACCAGACAACACCUGCUGCUCAGACUGAAAAUGCUGAAACUGAUGGGCCAAGUGAAGAUGGUGUGGUAGCUACAACCCCAAGUCCCCAAAACCAGACAACACCUGCUGCUCAGACUGAAAAUGCUGAAACUGAUGGGCCGAGUGAAGAUGGUGUGGUAGCUACAACCCCAAGUCCCCAAAACCAGACUACAUCAUCUGCCACAGGUGGAGUAACUGAUGAACCAAGUGAAGAUGCUGAGGUUGCCACCACGACCCAGAAUGCCCAAAACCUGACCACUUUGGCCCACACUGUAGGAACUGAAGGCCCAAGUGAGGAUGCUAUUGUGUUAACCACUGUACUGCAAAAUGGGACCACCCCUGCCCAAGACGUAGCCACCAUUACUGACUCCCAUGAUUCCUCCUGAAGUGGCAAUCAGAAUGCUAAUUCUAAAUGGAAUUCUUGUCAUCUUGGCUUUCUCCAUCUCAUUCAAUAAAUGCCAGAUUUUAUCCAA